GUAAACAAAAACAAAAAUAUCAAGAUUGAAAAUAUAUUGGCAUCCAGCAAAUGUUUGGUUAGCCACAUUCUUCAAAAUAUCUUCUUUCACACAGGUUUAAAACAAAAUGAAUUUUGAGGCAUCCUGUCCUGAUGGUCUAUGUCCAGGAUGGAGUGUCAUCCUGAAAGGAGAGACCCCAGCAGAAGCCAGCAAGUUUGAGAUCAAUUUCCUGUGUGACCGCGAUGACAGAAUAGCCUUCCAUUUCAACCCACGCUUCACUGAGUCAGAUAUCAUCUGCAACUCCUACAUGGCCAACCACUGGGGACAGGAGGAGAGGUGCAGCAGCUCUCCCCUCGGGAUAGAAGAGCCUUUUCAGAUUGAAAUUUACUCUGACAACGAUAACUUCCAUGUUUACAUUGACGAAACCAAGGUGAUGCAGUAUAAACACCGUGUGGAAGACCUGAAGACCGUCACGAAAGUACAAGUGGUCAAUGACGUCAAUAUCUCCUCUUUAGAGAUCGCCAAAAAACAUUUUUAAGUGGUGGGCAUAGGGCCAAACAGAUGAUUCAUUUGGAGUGAGCCUUGUGUUUGUAUGGUGGGUUAUUGUUUUCGCAUUUCUGUUUACACACCUUUCAAUACUCAUAAUUAUCCUUUUGGGUUAAUUAUCCUCUGUAAAGGUGUGAUAUUUGGCAUUGACAUGCCUUACCUAAACUUCAUAUUCAUAUGAAUUUGUAAAUAAAUGGAAGGUUUGAAAAUAAUCUGGGUGACUCAGAUUUUGUGUUUUUCCACAACAUCAAUGUCAAAAAAUAGAUGCGCAGAUCCAUCUGGGUCUGCUUGUGAUGAAACAUCCUAAGAAA